AUGGAGAGAGCUGAAAUACAGGCUCUUCUUGCAUUAGCUGAAAGGAUUCAAACUAAAAUUAUUACAGAAUCAGAUAUCAGAGCUAGACAAUGCCUAAUUACCGAUCUAGAAAAGGUAAAACUCGCUAUUGCUGAUCGAGUUUUUGAUUUACCACUCGAAGUAUCAAUUUUUGAUAAUGAAAUGCCAUUAGAUGUAUCCCAGGACCUUCGGUCUACUGAUUUAUCAAUGACCAUUGAAAAAUUAGAUUCAUCGGAUUCCCCUAACUUUACAUUUGGAGAAUCAGAACAAGAUGAUCCAAAUUCAACAAUCGGUAAAAAUUCUACAUUGGGAGUUACCGAUUCCGGUCCAGAUUUCACUUUCGAACCUAAUUCUACUGAUGAAGUACCUUUGAAACAGCCAGCUUCGAAUGAAGAGCUUGCCGCUAAAUUCCAAAACUUCUUAAAGAAAAAAGGAGCCACCAAGCAAAAAUCAAAACUUCCUGUCCGAUUAUCUAAAUAA